AUGCCAUCAUCGACGUCAGAUACCGCUGACGGUGCGCCACCAACGAUAAAACGACUACGGUUGUCACGCGCAUGUGAUCGCUGCCGGAAGCGCAAAGUGAAGUGCGAUGAAGGACAUCCCUGCCAGGCCUGUCAGUUAGCGCACACGGCGUGUACGUUUGUCGAGGAAGCACCAGCGCCCAAACCGCGCAAGAAUCAGAAUGAGAAGAACGUCGCUGAGCUGGAGGCGCGUAUGGGUGCGCUCGAGAGGGUGCUCGGUGCGAUACCGCCGUCUAUCGCCCAGGCUGCGCUGUCCAAACUGGAUACGGCGCUGAGUGAUGCAGACACAGACACUAUCACGCACGACACACACGAUAAACACGAUAAACACGAUAGUCUCGCUGAUCAGCUCGCCGCUCUCUCUCUGUCUCCCAGCUAUCUGUAUCUCGAUCACCAGGGGAAUCCAGCUUGGGCUGGCCCGACGUCUGGAUUGCCCCUGAUUGACAUGCUAAACAGUCGUGAGCGUGGCAGCGACUCAAGCGAGGGGGAGAUUGAGCAGCGUCAGCGGGAUCAGCAGGAUCAGCGGGAUCAGCGCAAUCAGGAGCAUCACCACCACCAACCACACCACCUACAAGACUGCUUACCCGGCCGCAAGCCAAAGCAUACUGGCAUCGAACCUGUCCUUGUCUGGACGCAAGUCUCCUCGCACAUCCCCAUAGAUCUCAUAAACACCCUUAUACGCACGUACAUGGCCACCACCCAUCUUCUCUGGCCCUUUCUGCAUAUCCCCACAUUCCUCCAGGAUUACGCCACUCCCUCAGCAUGGGGUGAGCCGGGCUUCGCGUCGCUAGUAGUGGCGAUCUGCACGAUAGCAUCGCGGCACAUCGACGAUGUGCGCGUCCGUUCCGACGCUGCUGACCCGGCGUCGAGUGGGCGGUCGUACCUAGUUCUUUAUGAGCGGCUCCGCGAGAUCCAGAACGCGCAUGGGGGAACUGGCAGCGGGAAUGUGUACUACAUACAGUCCACCUUCCUCAUAGCUAUUUAUCUCAUUGGGUCAGGUAAGCUCGGGAGGGCGUUCGCCACACUCGCUAAGUCUAUCACGCUAUCUAUCGAUUCUGGGCUUCAUCGCUCGCUCGAACAUUACGACCUCGGUACCGAUAUGGGCGUCUGGAUGGAGGUUCGUAAGCGCACGUUCUGGAGCGUCUUUUGCUGGGAUAAGCAAGCUGCUGCUGCCUUUGGUAGGCCACCUAUGAUCCGUCUCCGUGACUGCGAUCUCGAUGAACCACUCGAUGUCGACGACGAGCACCUAGCAUCUGUCUUGAGUGGAGGUCAGUCCACUUCUACGUCCACGUCCACGUCCACCUCGCGAAUCAGACCAUUCAUACACAUGAUACGGCUGCAUGUCGUACUAGAGCGAGUGCUCGACGGGGUAAAUACGCCACCCGUCUUCUCUAGCAGCCCCUUUCUCACGAAAGCAGCGUCAGUAGGACAAAAUGGUGCGCUCGCGGCGGCCGAGGGGCUGCUGGAGGAGUGGCGGAGACAACUGCCCAGCGACCUCCUCUACAACGACGCUACUAUCGCCAGUAACGACGCCUACCGCCUCACGCAGGCUGAACGCAUUCACUGUCUAGAACAGCUCACGCGCAUGCUCGUCUACCGCCACCGCUUCUCUGCCGGUGCCGCGGGUGCCGCGGGUGCCGCAGGUGCUGGUAAGAUGGAGGGGCAGUCGCAGUCGCAGUCUCACCACUACGAUAAUUACGCUCACGCCGCUCAGCAGGCGGCACUCACUAUCAUCGCCGCCCAUUCCCAUAUCUCCCGCAGAGGCCUGCUGACGCACUACGGUGUGCAUGUCAUACACCAGCUCACGCAAGCGGGGCGCACCCUUGUUGCCGUUGUGCUCCAGUCGCGACGCAGUGCAAGUAGCGCAGGUAGCGGCAGUGACGGCGAAGGUGGGAGUGCAAGUGGCAGCAAAAAUAGAAGCUCUCCCAACACCCAUAUCGCCGUCUCCCUCGAAGCGCUCCGCGUCGCCGUCGGACUCCUCCGUCAAUUCGCUAUUAGGUAUGGGUGCGGCGCGCGCAGUGUUGAUGUUCUCGUCGAGUUUUGCAGAGUUUGCCACAUUCCCGUGCAUGAAUGCGACCAGGAGCAAGAGCAGGAGCAGUCGCAGUCUCUUGCGUCGAAUAGUAGCGGUAACGCUUGGCUCCGUCCUGUGCCUCUCAAACGUGACGGCAGGGAGGUUAGGUGGGAUGGUAAAGGUGAGGUGCGCGAGCAAUACCAAGCACAGGAACCCAGUCGGCAGCGGAAGCAGGAGCAGGAGCUGAAACAGAAUCAGAAUCAGAAUCAAAAACGUCCUUGGAAACCACCUAAAGAGGAGCAUUACGAGAACACCCACGGCACAAAUCCCCCUCCCUUUUUCCCUGGUCUGGACAUGCAGUGGGAUCCUAGUGCUGGGAGUAGCAACUCACUCAAUUUCUUCCCAGAAAGUUCAAGCACUGGAGCAUUGGUGAAUGAUUUCAGGGAAAUGAGUGAGAUGAAUGAUAUGAAUGAUAUGGAUGAUCUGAGGGACUUAGGUACACACCCUAACCUGUCACAUUCACACCCAAAGCAGCCUCCUCCCCCUCCCACUAACAACACCUCCUCGGCAGCUGACAUACUUAAUCUCCUCAAUACGGGCAGAUUCGACGUCGAUGCUCUGCUCGAUGGCACUUCGCAGCCGGCGCGCGCUCUCGACACUGACGAUCUCGAGAUGCUCGGCGUCGGUGAUCUCAUUCACCCCUCCCAUCUUAUACGCAAUAUGGAAAUAGAAGAGGAGCAUGCCUUGUCUCAGUGGUCGCAUACCACUUAA